CUCAGUGCCUACGAACGCUCGUAGAAGUUGCAGAGACGGGCUGAGCAAUUGCAACAGUAUUCUGCCGAGGCGAGAAACGCAGAUCAGGACCAGAUGAGCAGAGGGAGGUUUCUGUGAGGUUUCAGAUCAGAGUUGCCCCAGCCCUGCCCCGGGAAGUGGCCCAGCAGUGCUGCGUCUCCAGCUGUCAUCGCUACGGACCUGGAAAAGAAAGAAGAAGAGAAAAAAAAUGUCCCAUGCUUUAAAGCAAGUGUUCAAUAAAGACAAAACCUUCCGACCCAAGCGCAAGUUUGAGCCGGGGACUCAGCGGUUUGAGCUGCACAAGAAGGCUCAAGCCUCACUCAACGCUGGCCUGGACUUGAAAGUUGCUGUCCAGCUGCCGCCAGGAGAGGAGCAGAACGACUGGGUGGCCGUGCACGUGGUGGACUUCUUCAACCGCAUCAACCUGAUCUACGGCACCAUCAGUGACUAUUGCACAGAGCAGUCCUGCCCCGUCAUGUCGGGGGGACCCAAGUACGAGUACCGAUGGCAGGAUGAGCACAAGUACCGGAAACCAACAGCCCUGUCUGCUCCCCAGUACAUGAACCUCCUGAUGGACUGGAUUGAGGUACAGAUCAACAACGAGGACAUCUUUCCCACUAAUGUUGGUACUCCCUUCCCCAAGAACUUCCUCCCAGUGGUGAAGAAGAUUCUCUCCAGGCUUUUCCGAGUCUUUGUCCACGUCUACAUCCACCAUUUCGACAGGAUCACCCAGAUGGGGUCGGAAGCCCAUGUGAACACCUGCUACAAGCACUUUUACUACUUUGUGAAAGAGUUCAAUCUCAUAGACACCAAGGAGCUGGAACCACUGCUGGCUUGCCUUGUUUGCGUGCAUGAGCCUGGCACUGUUAGCCAUCCAGGAUGUGGAUGGCUAAAACCCCCUCCCUGUGCUUACUUCCCAUGCCGGAAAGCAAGGACAACACCACUGCCUUCGCAAGGAGUCUGGAGGAUGGCUAAUGUGACCUAGACCUAGGAGGUGAUGGUGUUUCUAAAGCCAUAAGCAGCAGAACAGACUUGCAGAGCCGCUGGGCAGUGCCGGUGCCUGGGAAUGGGAGUGGUGGGGGGAACACGGACCUGCCCAAACUGGAGCUGUUAGACACGCGGUGACACUGUUACUGAGAAGCGUAUUUACGACUAAACAAAGGUGAGGUUUUUUCAUCCACACCCUCACCUGGCAAUCUGGAUCUUCAUUCAUGGUCCCUUGUCUUGUCUGUCCCUUUGACAGAAGGAAAUGACGUCCCGGAUGUGCCACUGAGAUCAGACCUUGCUCCCACCUCAGCGUCUCUUCUGAGGACUCCGAGUCUCACUCCUGCAUUGGAGACGUGAUUCAAGGGGAGAACAGAGACGUUUUGUUAAAGAAAUCUAUAUUUUUAAUGAGUUUCAAUGUAAAACUGUGAUAUUGCAGGAAUAUUUUUUUAAAGAUGCUCUAGAUAAACUAGUUUUUUAUAGUAAUUUCUAUAAAAAAAAGAAAAUAUUUUGGGCCACUUGGUGGAAAUGCUCGCUCUUUGAGGAGGGAGGAGCCACCCUGUACUGCCUCUUCCCCAUCCCCUCACUGCAGCAGCACCAACCGAGCCGAGCCAGAUGCUUCAGACAGAGCCAUGUCGUGUAGCUGGUGCUGCCAUGGAAGCGGUACUUCCCUCCAGGCACCCAUUUCCCACCCGCGAAGGGAGGUUACCUGGGGAUUGGGGAAGAAAUGCUGGUGUACGUGGAUCCCCUGGGGUGCUGUUUGGUUCCAGCACCUCUUCCACUGGCUGUGAGUCCAGUUUUUGGACAGAGCUGCUUUUGUGCUCACCCCCCGCUUGGCAUCCUGUCCCCAAGGCUUGGCCCUCCUUGCUUUCCCUCUGAACGAAGUUGGACUUUGGUUUCUUUCAUGGCUAGACCAGCACUGCCACUGCUGAUGGAGUCUGUGCAGGAGCGCUGCUGUUGAGAAUCCACUCUUGCCUCUUACAGCAGCUCUGAGCUGAGCUGCUCCCUGUGCACGGCCCAGCUGUGGCUCCAGGCGCACCAUCCCCACGGGGGAUGGGGAUCUGCGCCGGCAGCAUUAGGCCAAGCAGACCUGUGCCUCG